CACAGCGUGGGACAGUCACUCAUUUAGCAGUUUCUCCACGCACUCUCAGCACAGACAGACCGGUGGAUAUACUACGGUGCGCGCACACAAACAUUCUGGUCUACACACAUUCCACACACACACACUUGCAGACGCUCGUGUCACGCGGACUCGACUAGAUACAGUAGCAGCUGGCGCUGCUAACUCAAGUCAACAAGAGGAAACAUCCACGAGUCGUGACAUCCCCGGAGUCGGCUCCGUUUACACAUCCGUACUCCACUCGCAUACUCAGACAGACACGGACACUGUCGGGACAGCUUCAGUUUUAGUGGCUACCUUUGCCAUCUUUCUACAAACCAAGAAGAAUUGAAACAAAGAUUUUGCUAGUAUUUUUCAGUGCGUGUUGGAGCGCCUAUAUAUUAUCUCUGUGGCGUGUUGGAGCGCCUAUAUAUUAUCUCUGUGGCGUGUUGGAGCGCACCACCAGAGGAAGACAGCGACCAUACACGAUGCUGCCUGGACACCGGUCCCUAGGUCAAGUUCAGUCUCUGACCCCCACCCCUCACCUUUGACCCCUCACCUCGGAUGGAAGAACGCACCCAUUCCUUUAGGAGGUUGAAGUUGAUGAGUUCCCCCAGCCUCAGUGACCUGGGGAAGAGUGACAAGGCAGCCUUGGAGGAGAGAGGGACACAGCAGAGAAAAGCUGGGGCUAACGCCACCUGGAACAGCAUCCACAAUGCGGUGAUAGCUGUGUUCCAGAGGAAAGACCUGGGAGAGAAUGACCUCUACAUCCUCAAUGAGGGAGUCAGGCAACUACUGAAGACGGAGCUGGGCUCUUUCUUCACUGAAUACCUGCAGAAUCAGCUGCUGACAAAGGGAAUGGUGAUACUGAGGGACAAAAUGCGUUUCUAUGAAGGUCAGAAGCUAUUGGACUCCUUGGCAGAGACGUGGGACUUCUUCUUCUGUGAUGUUCUGUCCAUGCUUCAGGCUAUCUUCUACCCAGUACAGGGUAAGGAGCCGUCGGUGCGGCAGCUGGCCCUGCUUCACUUCAGGAGCAUUAUCACUCUGAACAUCAAGCUGGAGGACGCCCUGUCCCGCCCCCGCGCCCGUGUCCCCCCCUCUAUCAUACAGAUGUUGCUUAUACUGCAGGGUGUCCAUGAGUCUAAAGGAGUGACUGAGGACUACCUGCGUCUGGAAGCUUUGGUUCAGAAGGUGGUGUCUCCCUACCUGGGAACCCACGGUCUCUACUCCAACGACGGAUCCUCAAUGCAAUACUCCUCCUGCGUACUGGAAAAGCGUCUGCAGCGGCGGUGGCCCAAGUCAGGCGACGCCCCCGCCAAGAACCUGGUGAUGCGCUCCAAGUCCUACAACGUGCCCAUGUUGACGCCUGUGGUGGAGUAUGAUACCGAGACAGGCUCCGUGAGCAGCAUGGGCAUCCGCCGCCAUUCCGUCUGCGAGAUGACUUCCUGUCUGGAAGAAGGCGCCAUCAACGACAUCAGCACCACUUCCUCCCUGGCCUCCGCGGCCCAGCCGGGCCUCUCCUCCCUGGAGCAGGAGCUCAGCCUGACAGGGGUUGUUGGUGGUGGAGGAAGUCUGGAUCUCUGUGGGUCUGUGGGGUCUGAGUCUUUGGGGUCCCACCUCCAGCCCUCCAUCUUUCAGGACUCCCACUCCCCAGGACCCUUCCUCCACGGCGGGGGGGAGUCGACAGUGUCCCCCUCUGUUCUGUGUCAGGCCCACUCUGGUUCGGAGACGGGGUCGAUCCCCAGCUGUUCCUCCAGCCCGGAGACAGUGGUAGAUCAGAUACUGGACUCUAUGGACUCUGACCCUGAUGGCAUCUUCAUAGACUUCUCCCACCACAGCUGCUCAGACUCUUCAUCCUCUGGUUACAGCAGGGAGAGUGGUAGACAGAGUGUGGUAUAAUUUGGGGUUUCUGGUAACUUUUCCCUAAUCCCAGUUGGAUGAUCUUGGAUUGCCUGCUUAUUCACUACUGAUUUCUGUAAAAUCUGUGACUAGUGAGAAAGUGUCUGGAGAUUUGCAGCCGUAGGUCUGAUGGAUCUCAAGGGAAUAUCACACAUCCUGGCACCAUCGGUACUCCACACACACUGUCGUCUCUAAACACACCGUUCCUUCUAGGGUCUAUUUCUCAUGGAAUAUUUCUACAGUAAACUCCCUUUUAUUAAAUACAUUUUCUUUGCUUGA